AUGAAUAUCAAUAAUCAACGACUUCAUAGUAUAACACAAGAUCAAAUCUUCACUAACAGUCUGAAUUUUGUACCCAUAUUACAAUCAACUGAUGAGAUUUCUUCAAUUUCUGACUCAAUACUUGAUCGAUUUUGUGUUGAUAUAUUACCAAGAAUUCAUGAAAAUGUUAAAUCUCUAACUGUCGAAUCAGUUUCUAUGAAAUGUAUUCUUGGUGCUGGUAACUAUCCUAAUCUUACUGAACUUAAACUUUAUAAUUUCAACAAAGCAAUUGUUUCACGUUAUUUCAUGGGUAAGAUAUUCAUGUGUUCUGAUCUUUAA